AUGACAAGACUAAUUGUCGUGGCCGGGGAUUCACCCCGCGACCUCCUCCUUUACCCAGCCCAGAGCUCGGUCACUCAGCACGGCAGACAAACAUCCAUGACCCAUGAAGUUGAUCGCGGAGCAAGAUUGAUAACCCACCUCCUAGAGACAGCAGUGGACAAGACCACCCAUGCUGUCCAUGGCCCAGCACCUUAUGCCACAACAGAAGACCAUCUACACCUCAAUUCGAUUACAGAGCUGGAACUGGUGAGUGGCAAGGACGGACGGCGGUUCAGGGUCAAACAUGCCCAGGCAACCUUUACACCGCCGGUAUGGCACCCCCCAGCCAUAGUGCCUACCAAAGAUGAUCGGGUAGCCGCAAUGGUUCUACAGGACGCCGACGCAGAGUUUACGAACUGCGGGGACGCAGUUGAUUUCCUGCAACUACUGCAUGCAGAGACAGUCAUAUACCGCAUGGUCUCUCCCCUUGGGAGGGGCAGGGUCUGGGAUGUGGUCCGCCCUUUGCCCAUGCCCGAUGGCUAUGGGGGCAGAAAGCUCCCCGCAGACAAGAUGAUUGUUGUCGUUAGUGCAGAGGAUCUCCGCGCGGACGGGGUGGAACUGUGCUACAGCACGUCGUGGGAGAAGAUCUGCGAGGACUUUGUAGAGAACCUAGGUUCCAAUGGUCAACUGGACACGUUAGUGACUUGUGCGCAUCUCAUAGUCUUGUUAGGCUGCGAUGGUGUGAUCUAUCAUCGUGGUCGACAGAUGACCGAGCCGAUCUUAUUUUUCGACCCUCGGAGUGAGGAAGGAAGCUUCGAGAGAUGCCAUGGUGGGCAUAUGCCCGGAGUGGUGGAGGUAUUUGUUGCUAAUUUGACGGCGGAGAUUGUGCAGUCAUCUGAUGGAUCAUCCCUCGAGGGUGCGAUUCGACGCGGUCUUCUUGGGGCUCGACGGUUCACGGAACUGAAAUAUAGAAACAGCCAGGCUGACGAUCGGCCAAAGUACCCUAUCUCGGAAGUCAUGGGGAGAUAUAAGGAUCUUGGAUCGGACGGGGGCAAUCUCAUUACUAUGUCUAUUCCCGCGGAGAGUAUCUCCCAAGGCAAAACCGGGGGGUGGUCGAUCCUGCAGCAGAACGUUGGAGACCCAGUGCUGAUGGCGCAUCAUAUCGUCAUUGACGGAGUGCUCUCGGCCGCGAAUUGGAUUCCCAUUGCGCGAUUUGGAGAGCUCACGGUUAUGGACCGGGCCGAGAUCGAAGCCUACCGUGCGAUAUUCAAUGCGAUUAUCAUGUACAUGUCAUCUGAACAGACCAAGCCGUUGAAUCUUGGAAUCUUCGGCGCUCGUGGUAGCGGCAAAUCGUUCGCUGCUGUGCAGGUUGCAACAUCCGCUGCCGCGGUAUGCGGCCGUGAGGUGCAGCAGUUCAAAAUCCAUCUGUCACGGGCAUCAAAGGUCGAGGACCUAGUCAACACACUCAACGCUGUCCGGGACAGCACCCUCUCGGGUCGGCUGCCACUAGUAUAUCUCGAUGGAUUCGAUGGUCACCACGCAGAUGUACCAGUCGGGUGGCUCGACUACCUCUUGCCGCCGCUGCUCACAGGCAGGUUCCUCGACCGUGGUGAGAUGCGACACACAGGUCCUGCAAUAUUCCUUCUUAGCUCCAACACGGCGAGACGUCUGGACGACUUGCGAAAUGAAUCCUUCCGCGAGACGUACGGAGAGAGAAGCACCACGAAAAUGCAGGAUCUUGUCAGUUGUCUCCAUGGGUAUGUCGAUAUUCGUGGCUUUGACCGUCUAGAUGAGACCGACACGCUUUAUCCUGUGCGGCGCGCAAUCGCUUUGCGCCAUAUCCUGGAGCAAAGAGCCCCAGCAUUGCAGGCAUCAGGAAAAAUGUCAAUCGACGAAAGUGUGCUUGAUGGACUCCUCCUGACUCCCACGUAUCGGAACGGAUAUCGCUCACUCAUAUCCAUCAUUACGAUGAGUAACCUUUCUGGGAAGCAUCACUUUGAGCGCGCAUCGCUGCCGACAGAGGGGCAGCUGGGUCUACAUCUGGACUAUGCUACCUUUGCGCGGUGCGCACAGUACAAUAUGCUUUCGGAUGAAGUCUGCAACUCCAUCGCAAAGCGUCUCCACGAAACGUAUGCCGCGCACAGGGUGUUGAUGGCCGAAACACAGCAGGAGAGGAGAGAUCUAGAAUCACAGAGGUCGCUCAGUUCAUGGGACUUUCUUGAUGAGGAGUUCAAAGAAUCCGCCCGUGCUCAUGCCGCGGAUAUACCACGCAAGCUGCGCCUCAUUCGCUGCUUCAUGUCAAAAACAGAGAAUCACCGCUCCCCAGUGACAGAGCUUGACCCGCAUGAGCUGGAGCUCUUGGCUGAACGUGAGCAUGAGCGGUGGAAUGCGGAGCGCCUUAGGAAGCAAUGGCGGUUGGGGGAGAGAGAUGAAAAACAAAGGACGAGUCCCUUUCUUGUGCCUUGGAUGGAUUUGGCCGAGAGGUGGAAGGAUAUUGAUCGUGUGAUGGUGGGCGCAUAUCCCAAUAUAUUGCCAGACGGCUACGCCGUAUAUCGCGCAGGAUUACAGACAUGA